AUGGCCACCGCCGCUACCGAGCUUAGGAAAGAAGAUACCCCACGCGCUCCCACGCCACCAAGCCAUAACCAGGCCUUGAGUCUCGACCAGGUGAGCGCCGACCCGGACGAGCUCAUCGAGCUCCGCGGCGAGGGCCGCUACUUCGGCGUCACCGACCCGGAGCUGGGCGACCGCAUCAACGCCCAGCAGCUGCUUGGCCAGCUCUGCAGCAACUGCCACCGCCGAGGCCACAGCCGCGCCAAGUGCAAGACGGUGGUGUGCCACAAAUGCGGCAAAAUCGACGACCACUACGAAUCGAAAUGUCCCACCCACAUGGUGUGCUAUAAGUGCGGCGGCAUGGGCCACCACCAGUCCGAGUGCACGGUGAAACACGCCAAGCGCAAGUACUGUCAGGACUGCGAGACCUUCGACCACGGGAGCAACUUGUGUCCGCUUAUAUGGCGCAGUUACCGAGUCAACGGCAGCGCCGAGCCCAAGCGGCUCCCAAACAUUUCGUGCUAUAACUGCGGCAGCAGCGUCCACUACGGCGACGAGUGUGGCGACUACCGCCACUCGCCGCUCGCGGCGACGGGGCUGGCGUUCCUGGGGAACAACUUGCCCCGCAGUCUCCGGCGCACUUAUUUCGACCAAGUGGACGAGCUCCCGCCGAAACCGAAGCGGCAAAACACUCACUUCCUGUUUGCUACUCCCCUGCCCAACGGCUCGCGUCCCCUGACUCCGUCUAACGGCCGCAACAACCACAACCAGCGCAAUUUCACUCGCUUUGGCCACAUCAAUAAUAACAACAACAAUAACAGCAACGGCCGCGACUUCCAGGCACUGAAACCGCUGCUGAAACACCAUAACCACCACAAGCCUGCUCCCCAGCGGCUGGGGACGAUAUCACGGCCCUCGGGGCCGAAGGCGUCGGCGCCGAAACCGCUGCGCCUGGGCAAGAUCAAGCUCGGCAAGUUCCAAUACUAA